AUGGCAAAACUAAUUGCUACUGUAAUUGGUAUUCUCACGUCCUCUAUCUUAUUACAUCAUUUACAAAAUGACAUUGACGGUAAUACACUGAAACUACGGAAAAAACUAAAAAACACGCAGGAUCGGUUGGAGACUGCGUUGCCAGGUACCUGGCGGAUAAAGUCACAAGAGUAUCCAUCAUUCAAAACAACUCCAAAUCAACGAGCAAAACUUCCGAUCCCAACAUUAACACAAACACUAAAUCACAUUGAAAACCGGUUCAUUCCGACGUUCAAAGCGACAUGGAAUGAUCAUAUUAUUAGAUUCACGAAACUUGUUAAUGAGAUUGAUGUGCAGGAUUCGAUAAAAUCUGUUACGUCGGAUAGAUGGGAUAAAUGGCAGAAGUCUAGUCAAAAAAAGUGA